UUCCACACAAAGCCCUGGAGUUGCCUUUUACUGCUUACUUCACUCAGUAGGCCUGGGACUUUUAACAAUACACGUCAAGUAGGUCAAACUUCAGUCCGUUCCUCAUAAAUCGCAAUUCGGAGGAUCUCCUAUUUAGAUGCGACUGACUGUGCAACUGGAACUCGUGCAGCUUAAUUCUGCUCUCCAGACUGAUAGAGAAAGCACCUGGGUCCUCAUCUGUGCGAACACUAUGAACAAAAGGAAGCACCUGCUGGCAGCAGGCCGUCUUGUGGUGCCCACGGCUGGCUUAAGUCUCAUCUGUGGAGGUGUCUUAAUUAAUUCCAUCUCAAGUGAUCAAAGGCAGACCCUCAGGGAUGUCUUCACUUACCUCGUCCUCAUGCUGGGAUUCAUCCUUCUUGCCACUGGGAUGUUAUGGGCUGUCAGUCAUGGAAUGAAAAAAGUGCUGUUCAAGCAAUCUAGGAGAAGCUUACAAGGCACUGAAAUUCACGUUUUUACUGUAGACAGACCAAACUUCUAUCCUCCAUCAUAUGAGGAAUCCCAGGUUGGUACUAAUGUUGUCGGAGACAUUGCAGCCAUACCUACAGGCACAAGAAUACUGGACUUGGCACCCCCUGUGUAUACUGAGAGCUGCUCAGAGACCUUUAAUGAGACCUUCAGCCUCGAGCAGCCACCUGGCUACCAGCAAGCUGUUCUUCAGUGCUGGAGUGAACCACAAGCCUCAGGCAGAAGUGCACCAAGUGAGUUUAGAAGCUUCCAGGUUGUUUGAGAACCUGCAUUCUUCAGAGAAUCUUAUUUGUUACCCAACUUCAGAGUCAUUGGGAGUAAUGUGAUUCUUAAAACUAAUCCUUUUCUCAUUUGAUCGGAUAAUUGGAUGACUGUUGAAGAAUGAAAAAGUUUGGUAUACUCCAACAAUCUGCCAAAAGAGACUGAAAGACUGUAGGUUGUGAGAUGAUUAUGAAGAUGGAACUUCAUCAGAACAAAAUAAAAACAGGACAUGAUACUAGUAUGAAGGACACUGGAGCCAGAGAAAGCAAAUAGUUUUUUGUUUGUUCUCAUUUUUUCUUUGUUUUUAUGAGAACAUGAUGUGAUCAUUCUAUGUAAUGGUAGGUGUGAGCUCCCAAAGUAUCAUCACAUAAUGAUCACUGUUACAUGAGGGAGUGAAAAUUGUCUUGAAUAUUGGAACAAUGAUAAUGAAUGUAACAAUACAACAAUGGACAAUAUGCUGAAAAGCCAUACAUUAAAGACAAUGCAGAGACAGUAACAAAAAACACUUUGCAAAUGUGCCCAACUUAUGCGUAAACCUUUUGCAAAGGUCCAGCACUGAGUCUCUCUGUUGGCAUAUUGAAGCCUUGUCGAUGUUCUUUUUUGCAUCAAUAGGUCAUGCCUGUCAUAUUGUUAUGUCUGCUCCCUCACUGCCCAAAGCUUUGAACAUGGAACUUAUCUCUCAAUGUAGGUCUGCCUUCUCAACCACUGUUUAUAUCCAUUUGUGAGCUAAAUUGCAGUUUCAAUGGGGAUUUUCUAUUGAAAUUUUCUAUAGUUUAAUAACCACUGAAUAAACUAGUCUGGAAUCGUCUCAGAUGCAUUUAAACAGUGAAUUUAAAUACACUUUUCCCCCUUUUUACAGCAUUUAGCUGAUGCUUUUAUCCAAAGCCAUUUUUGAGCAAUUGUUGGUUAAGGGUACUCAGAGGCCCAACACUGGUAACUUGGCAGUGGUACAGCUUGAACUGGCAACCUUCCGAUUACUAGUCAAGGACCUUAUCCACUCAACUACCAUUAACCCCAUACACACAAAUGGCAGUUUUUAAAGUAAAACGUAGGAUCCGAAAUUAAAUUCAUUUGCACUGGUUUUGCUAUUUGCUUUUUAUUAUUCUUAAAUUUAUAACUGAUUCAAAAGCUGCAUUUAUUUCUGGUUGUCAUUUCUUCUUAAUCUAAAGGAAAGAUCAAUAUUUCACAUUUCAAAAAGUGGUACUGAUAGCCUUCUGAAAGACUUGCAAAACAAAACCAAUGUUAGCAAGUCAUAAGCUGUAAUAUAACAUCAACAAAAAACAUGCUUCAAAGAUAACACUUUGCAUGUUGGAUCUUAAUUCUACAUUUUGCAAGGUUUCUUGAAUUAUACUCCUAAAAUAUUUUUCAUAUCACGAAGUGGGUGAAAAAAUUGCUCCCUCGUAUUGUUGUUGGUAUUGAGUGCAUUUUUCUUUAACACUGCAGUGACCCCAUACUGAUAUAUGCCGAAAUACUGACCUUAAAUGAUUACAACCCAUCCAUUCUAUAGCCUGCAGCUGUGCAUAUCAUUAUCAAAUGCCCCAUUCACACUGCAUGAUCUACAGAUUACAAACUCUCCCUCCACUGGUGUUUUAGACAUUUGUAUAAACUGGCACUUUCAAACAAAAUGCACUCUGUGAUGUUCUGGAACAAUAAAGUUUGGCCUUGCCAUUUGCUGUGAAACCAAACAACACACUGGGAAUGGGGAGACCAUGGUCAGCGCUCCAGAAGAAAGCACACACAGCCAGCAACGUGCUAAGCAUCCGCAAGGAACACUCUUCCAUAGUAAAUGUUUAUAUGCAAUAAUAGUAAAUGUUUAUGUGUUAUUACAUUUAUAUGCAACAGCAGGAAGUGUUCAAGUGCAAUAAUGACAAAUGUUUAUAUAUAAACAUCUAUAAACAGUCAUCUUAAAAACCAAAGAAUAUAUUCUUCCCCCCACUGCGUUCAACAUCCCCAGAAUAUUGGGUGGUCAUGCAAACAAAAAAUGCAGUGUGAAUGUGGCAUUAUGGGUAAUAAAAUGCACAUAUCAUUCUGCUCCUGGUUUUUUACGUGUGGCUCAUAUAGCCUAUGUAAGUGUGCAACAGAAGUCAAGCUUUAAACAGAGCCCCCCAAUAGAAGAACAACGGCUCUCUGUGAGACUGCGAGGAGCAGAGAGGGAGAGGCAGAGUGAGUGAGAAAGAAAGAGAGAGGGAAAAUGGAUGAAGGGAAAGAAAAGCAGGACGAGGGAUAGGGAUAGUGUUUAGUCUGCAAAACAGCAGCAAAACCCAUAAACAGUGUAUAUAUGCCAGUGAGAAGUUGUGCCAUGCGAGAGUUGUAGAGUCGUGUCUGCAGCAUGGGGAAAGUGACGGCUAGGUUGUGAAGAUGUGGAGACUGGGUCCCA